GUUCUUGGGGGUCCGAAGAGGGGAUGGCCGGAGGCCCCGCGGUGGCAGCCGGAGCGGCGGCAUCAAAGGCAGCUCCAACAGCGACGGCGGCGACUUCCGGUGGCAGUGUUCCCCCCGCGGCGGCGGCGGGGGGGAUGGCCGGAGGCCCCGCGGUGGCGGCCGGAGCGGCAGCAUCGGCGGCAGCUCCAGCGGCGACGGCGGCGACCUCCGGUGGCAGUGUUCCCCCCGCGGCGGCGGCGGGGGGGAUGGCCGGGGUCCCCGCGGCGGCGGGCGGAGCGGUAGUAUCGGCGGAAACUCCGGCGUCGACGGAGCAGCGGCAGCAUGAGCAUAUGACGGAACCGGAGAGCAUGGUGGAGAGCGGAGCAGCGCGCAGCGCGGUGUUGGCGGAACUUGCGCGGAUGGCGGGGGGGCCUUCGCGGGUGAGCACAUCUGCGGCACCUGUUGCCACACCUGCCCCCGCGCACUCGGCGGCGAUGGCAUCGGACGGACUGUGGACGGAGAUGGUGCAUGAGGGCGGCGGGCGUCUGCAGGAGCAGCGGGAGUUCGUAGCGACCCCCGCAGUGACGAGGUCGCGGGCGAAGCGAGAUGGGCCGGGGCCGGGGAUAUUUGCUCUUCUAGCCACGGAGGACGAGAUCAAGCGGUCUAUCGCCGAGCUUCCUGCACCGGGCGUCGCUGAGCCAGCCCUGCCGACGGGGCUGGUGUGCGACCUGGAGACGCCUGAGACAUACGGGGAGGCGCACGCGGGGCCCCACCACCACAUCUGGACCAACGCCGAACGCAAGGAGUUUUUCGGGCUGAAUGCAGUGGGCACCUUCGAGGAGGUCGGGGCGGAAUAG